AACAUGAAGGUAUUUGUGGUCUUGGUUUCGGCUCUCGCCUCCGUCUCCGCUGGCAUCCUGCCACAGGUUGUGCCUGUGCCGCCCAAGAACAGGAUCUCGAGGCCCUCGAUUGAAGGUCGCGUUACCAACGGCCAGAAUGCGGUGGAGAACCAGUUCCCCUACCAGGUGGGACUCAGCUUCAGUGGCUCUGAGGGCAGCUGGUGGUGCGGUGGCUCCAUCAUUGACAACUCGUGGGUGCUGACCGCCGCCCACUGCACCAGCGGUGCCUCCACCGUGACCAUCUACUACGGAGCCACUGUCCGCACCAGCCCCAAGUUUACCCACACUGUGUCCAGCUCCAACUGGAUUCAGCACGCCAACUACCUCUCCCUGACCCUUCGCAAUGACAUCUCCCUGAUCAAGACCCCGUCGGUGACCUUCUCAGUCGCUGUGAACAAGAUCUCCCUUCCUGCCAUCGCCAGCAGCUACUCCACUUAUGCUGGACAGACCGCUGUGGCCUCUGGAUGGGGAUUGACCUCAGACACCUCCACCUCGGUGGCCAGGGACUUGCAGUUCGCUCAUCUGACUGUCAUCACCAACUCUGUGUGCCAGGCGACCUACGGCAGCCUGGUGGUCACCAGCAAGGUCAUCUGUGUGGACGGAUCCAACCGCACCUCGAUCUGCAGCGGCGAUUCCGGCGGCCCCCUGGCUCUGGACGGCACCCUGAUCGGAGUCACCUCCUUUGGAGCUGAGGAUGGUUGCGAGAUCGGUUUCCCAGCUGGCUUCACCCGUGUCACCAGCUACUUGGAUUGGAUCAAGACCAACUCCGGAAUAUCCGCUUAA